AGACAUUGACCAGGAGGCUUUGUUUCACAACAAUCGUCGUUGUCGAUGUUAUCUGUCACUAGAGGCCCCGAAAACUCGGGCAAUGUUUAGCCAUGCGGCGCGGGAAUGUCAUGGCAAUCACCCGCGGAGAAACCAUCGAGACACUGCUGUCGUCAACUACCCAGCCUGAUUAGUCGGUGGCGUUGUACAUGCAUAUCGAGACCCAGCGAUGUGGUUACCGUGUGUUCAGCCAUCUUGAAGCAAAAAGACCAAUUUCGCUUGCGUUUCAAAGACAAAGAACCUUUGCUCAGCACGGAAUUGAGCGCCCAACGAUAUGGCAAUUGACGUGCGUGCUCUGGAGUUUUCAACUGACCCAGUGUACGCUUGGCAGAAAACGCUGCACGUUGCUGUGCAGGACCUGAUCAGGUGCUCUGUGUAGCACAAGCAGCUUUAUCAGCGCACAAGCUGCCUGCUACCUUUUGUGCCCCUUCUCUAGUCCAUCAUGCAUCUGUUCAGCGUCAACAGUAUUUCUGCAAGCUCUAUUAAAAACCGUACCUCUGGAGUUCCACUUACUGUGCGAUGCAUCGAUAGUACCUCGUUUUGGUGGCUGCAUGCACCCCUAAGCUGAUCCAAGCCACCUCCAAGCACAGCCCUGACGCCCACGUUGCUGGGAAGAGCUUGGCCCAACGAACAGCGCGAGUUCUCUAUUCCCGAAUCUAAAUAGAGAAAAUAUAUCUCUGUCUACUACCCCGACAAUUACGACAACGUAUUCAGCUAUAAGCCAUCGUUCUAUCUCUCCCCGAAGCUCCCUCUUUUUUUCGGCUCAGAUCGCGUGUGCCUCAAAUGUCACUGUUGGCGUUGUUUUGCGCUGCCCAUCGCACCAUCUGCUCGGCCGACGUCCCACUCGCGGCUGGUCUUCCGGGCUGCCUGUGAGCCUGAAUGGGUUGGAUGUCACAACGCAUCGCGUAUUGUCCGCUUGCAAACAGCUAGGCACCAGCUGUCCGUCCUAUUGACUGGAUGGAGCAAGCGAGCGAGUCGCACUACGCCGUGACCCGUCAAGCUGCUCUCCUGCGUAUCCGAUCCACUGCCCUGACGCCAUCAUGCACCGCGGAGAUGGGAGGUCCCUCGAAAUCUGCAGAGUCGCCUUUUGCCCGAUUCAGGAGAGACGGAGCGCUCCAUUGGUGAUGAAGCCAAAAAUCAAUACUCUCAAGACCAUUGGUUAGCACAGUGUCGCAACCAUUUGAAUGCUGGACCGGCGAGCCAUGACCCUAAACUCAAAAUAGCAGAAUCCAAGAGCCAAAUGCUCCGACUAACCGUCCAUUAGCGUUGUUAAGUCCUUGGCUGUCACACCUGUUCCCACCAUACAGACGGCACACCACUCCUCCCGUCCCUGGCUAGCGUCCCCAGUUGCCAUGCACUCAGUCUCCAGUGUACUGGGUCAGACGCUUUUCCACAUGAAGGCCGAUCCAGCGCUGGGCCAUCUCCGCGGUUGCUAUGUCUUUACUUUGGCGCUUCUGCCUGGCUUCGGGCGUCGUUCACUCAAGUCUCGGCUCCUAAGAUCAUAUAUCGGCUUUAUCUGGAUUCCCCUGCAUGGGCUCAUAACUCGGCCGUUUUCCGACUUUGGCGUGGAUACCCACGCACAGAGUUCGAGCUAGGACAAGGGGCAACUGUUAGCUUCAAACGUUGUCGUCCGCUCAUUUUCCCACCUAUUUUUAACGGGCCGCUUUUGGUUUCGUGCAGCCUUGCGGAGACCCAGGUUCGGAUUAAAGAAUUUGACAAAUGGAUUUGCUUAUAAUGGUGCUAUCUUCCCGGCUCCUCAUCUCCAUUUCUAGCGGCCCCUCCUGCGGAUCUAUGCGUCUGAAUUUCUCCAAUAGCGCUUCAAGAUGGGCUUUAUGAUAGACGAUGUUGAGGUCUUACGGCCGCCUCCAUCAGGCUAUGUCGUGGACUUUGAACACCCCCAGCGUCAGCAGUGGCUUGAACACUAUUUGGUCUUUGCCAUUGGCGCUCCUUUGGCGUUUUUGUUUCUCUGCCAGCGUUAUUACACUAAGAUUUACUUGUCAAAGGGCCUACAAAUAGACGACUUUUUCAUGUUUAUUGGCUGGGUAAGCCAGGCCAUGCGAGCUACUCUGAAUUGAGCUAACAUCUCAUUAGUCGUUAUCCAUCGUUACACAAGCUGUCCUAACCAAAUCAAUUGUUGAUGGCGGCCUAUGCGCUCACUCCUGGGAAAUGCCCCUGGAGAGGUUUGAGCGAUACUCAGUUAUAACGUACAUUGCAGCCCCCGUGUACCAAUUAUGCAACGGCUUCUGCAAGCUGUCUCUCCUUACCAUUUACCUCCAACUGUCGCCUCAAAAGUGGUUCCGAGUGACGACGUGGAUCAGCAUCGUCAUUGUCAUACUUUACACCACUAUUAUCACGGCUAUCAUGUUCUUCCAUUGCAGCCCCAUCCGAAAAGCCUUUGACUUCAAGCUUGCUGAGGGUAGCUGUAUGGAUGCGGGCGUGCUAUACAUGGCCACGGCUGUAUCCAACAUUAUUACCGAUGUCAUCCUGUUUAUCCUGCCAACUCCUAUGGUGUGGCGACUGGAAAUGAGCAAAGCGCAAAGAAUUGGCGCCAUUGUCAUAUUUGGCAUUGGUUCCAUGACCAUCGCAACCUCUAUCGUCAGACUCGUUUAUCUACCAGCCACACUGAAGAGCACAGAUCCUUCUUGGGACGCUGCUGCCGCUGAUGUCUGGACAUUUGUCGAAGGAAACCUCUUUGUCAUUUGCGGUUCUAUGCCGACAAUCCGUCGAUUUACCCGCCAUUUGUUCCCCUCGGUCUUUGCCACCCCUGCGGCAUCGCCCAGCACAUCGCACAAGGUCAACACCAUGAGCGACAGCAAGCGCUCCAAUCGUAAGGAGCGCAAACAGUACGAGCUCUUCACUGAAGAUAAUGAAAUGGAUACUCUCAGAACCAUGGAAGAGGAACAUGUCCUACAAAAGGAUGGCGACUGCGAUGGCUACAGCGAGAACACUUUUUGGGACUCUCGGAAAACAACGCCGCGUCACGAUUAGUCUUGUAAAUAUUUGGAUUUUUUUAUGUAUUAUAGUGCACAGCAUAGUGAUAGUUGGGCGUACUUGGUGUUGGUUUGGGCUCUCAUUUCCCUAGUUUUUGAAUUUGACGAUAUAACUGUUUACAGCUUGAACGCAACGUUUCUGAUGUCAUCUCUGUGAGGCGCCAUCAUGUCAGUGAGUGUAUCUAUGAAACAAAUAUGAGAAUAAAAGUGCAUAUAUAUACAUAAGCAGGAAUCUCACAUUCAAUUAAAAUUGUUUCCAAA